AUGAAGGCGCCCGUGGCUGCUCUCGCCGUUCUCCUCUGUGCCAUGGCCCUCUGCAGCCAGGUCUUCUCGGCACCAUUUGGCGCUGACACCCCAACGGCCUGCUGCUUCUCCUAUGUCGCCCGGCAGCUUUCUCGCAAAAUCGUAGCUGACUAUUUUGAGACCAGCAGCCAGUGCUCCAAGCCUGGCGUCAUCUUCCAGACCAAAAGAGGCCGGCAGGUCUGUGCCAACCCCACUGAGGACUGGGUCCAGGAAUACGUCACCGACCUGGAGCUGAACCCCUGA